AUGACGGAGAUUGAUCAGUUGAUAGACCGCUUUAAAAGUGUUGGUUUCGAGGAACCGAAAAUAAAGGAGAUUACAAAAAAUAAAAAGGUGUCAGAUUCGCUUUCAGAAUUGAUCGAGGAAGCACCCGCCGGAAAUGAAUGGGACAAGUCACAGAGGGCUUUGCUACACAAUUUGGCCAGUUUAAUCAAAGGUUCGACUCUCACUAACAGCAAAUUGAUCAUUGAUGGAAUUGUUUGCGGUGACUUGAAGACAGCUUUGCAGGUCGAUGCCGCGUACAAAUAUGUCAGGGAGAAUGCGGAAGGGGCUACAAAAGAGGGUAUGAACGCUUGCUCAGGAGUUGGUAUUGAAGUUUCGGAGGAUCAAGUGAGAAAAAGUGUUCAAACAUAUAUUGAUGAUAAUAAAGUAACCAUUCUAGAACAGCGUUAUAAGCUUGUGCCAGGUAUAUUUGCAAAAGUCAAGAAUUUGCCUGAAUUGAAAUGGGCCGACCCACGUAGUUUCAAACCGAUUAUUGAUUCCGAAAUUCUGAAAGUGCUGGGGCCCAAGGAUGAAAGAGACCUGGUGAAGAAAAAAGCAAAAGGCACUGAGACCAAAAAAAAUCAAAAGAAGAAGGAUUCUGAGGCCAUCAGCGAUACUUCGAAGAGAACUAUGUUUACCGAAGGUUUCUUAGGAGAUCUGCAUGCGGUUGAUGAUAAUCCUCAAGCUACUCCAGAACUCUUAGCUGAGCAUUUAAAAGCAGUUAACGGCCAAGUAAGAACAAGAUUCCCACCAGAACCCAAUGGAUAUCUACAUAUUGGUCACUCAAAAGCCAUCAUGGUUAACUUUGGCUAUGCGAAACAUAAUAAUGGUGUUUGCUACCUGAGAUUUGACGAUACAAAUCCUGAAGCUGAAGCACCAGAAUAUUUUGAAUCAAUCAAGAGAAUGGUUUCGUGGCUUGGAUUUGAACCUUGGAAAAUUACUUAUUCAAGUGAUUAUUUCGAUAAAUUAUAUGAACUGGCAGAAGUCCUGAUAAAGAAUGGUAAAGCAUAUGUUUGCCAUUCUACACCUGAGGAAAUCAGAGCGGGACGUGGUAUUAAGGCGGAUGGUACUCCUGGAGGUGAAAGAUUUGCAUGUAAAUGGCGCGAAAGGCCGAUCAAAGAGAACUUGGAAGAAUUUACAAAAAUGAGAGACGGUUUUUACAAGCCGGGUGAAGCCACUUUAAGAAUGAAACAAGAUUUAAAUUCUCCAAGCCCUCAAAUGUGGGAUUUAAUCGCAUAUAGAGUCUUAAAUGCAGAACAUCCAAGGACUGGUAACAAAUGGAAAAUUUAUCCAACCUACGAUUUCACACAUUGUCUGGUUGACUCUUUUGAAAAUAUCACGCAUUCUUUAUGUACCACAGAGUUUUACCUGUCAAGAGAAAGUUAUGAAUGGUUGUGUGAUCAAGUCCAUGUGUUCAGACCAACUCAAAGAGAAUAUGGCCGUCUUAAUAUUACAGGUACCGUUUUAUCUAAAAGAAAAAUUGCUAAAUUAGUGGAAGGUAAAUACGUUAGAGGAUGGGAUGAUCCAAGAUUGUUCACAUUAGAAGCCAUCCGUAGACGUGGUGUUCCACCUGGUGCUAUUUUAUCCUUCAUCAAUACUUUAGGAGUUACAACGAGCACAACCAAUAUUCAAGUUGUUAGAUUCGAGAGUGCAAUUAGAAAGUAUUUGGAAGAUACAACACCAAGAUUAAUGUUUAUUCUCGAUCCGAUUGAAGUUAUUGUUGACAAUCUAAAUGACGAUUACGAAGAGAUUGUUAAGAUUCCAUUCAGACCGGGUACACCUGAAUUUGGUGAAAGAUCAGUCCCAUUCACAAAUAAAUUUUACAUUGAAAGAUCUGAUUUCUCUGAGUCGACUGAUGAUAAAGAAUUUUUCAGAUUGACCCCAAACCAGCCAGUUGGCUUAAUUAAGGUACCACAUACUGUAUCGUUCAAGAGUUUGGAGAAAGACAGCAAUGGUAAAAUUACCAGAAUUCAUGUUAAGUACGAAAAUGACGCAAAGGAUGUAAAAACAAUGAAACCAAAGACAUAUAUUCAGUGGGUCCCAGUAUCUUCAAAGUAUAAAUCGCCUAUCAAGGUGAAGGAGACUCGUGUUUAUAACCAACUAUUCAAAUCAGAAAAUCCAUCUGCUCACCCUGACGGUUACUUGGCUGACAUUAAUCCGAAAAGUGAAUUGGUUUAUGCCACUUCUUUGAUCGAACAUAAUUUCAACACCAUUGUUGACAAAUCGCCAUGGGUUGUUGAGUCAGCUAAAGAAUCAGAGUUUUACGUUAAGGAAGAUGCUAGUGGCAAAGAAGUCUGUAGAUUCCAGGGUAUGAGAGUUGGAUAUUUCGCUUUGGAUAAAGAUAGUGGAAAAGACGGCAUUAUUUUGAACAGAAUUGUGAAUUUGAAAGAUAGCUCGAAAUGA